AGCUGAUGCAGGAGAUGAAGUGCCAUCACUAUCCAUAUUUCAAAGCCAUUUAGUUUGUGUUUUUUGUUAAAAUUUGCGACUUUAUAAAUAACAACAAUGGGCAAGAAACGUAGCACACCCAGCGACCAAAAAGAAAAUUCCGGAAGUAGCGAUGAGGAUACCAAAGUGUCCGAAAAGAAUGCGACUGAACCCGAGACUAGAAAACGAAAAGAAUCACGGUACAGUUCGAGUUCAUCAUCCAGCAGCAGGAGCAACAGCAACAACGACGUGUCGAACUCCUCAGCGGGCAAACCGCAAAAACUCACUAAGAAAGCAAGUCGCAGCACAGAAGGCGCUGAAGAAAUACAUGAAAAACGGAUCAGAAAUCAGACUGAUCCAAACAGCCAGAAGGUGCAUGAGCAACGCUCGAAGUGGGACAGUCCCGACCGUGGGAACGGCGGUCAACGUCACAAUUCCCAUAGAAACAUAAAACAACGUAGACACAGUCGUAGCUGCUCGCGAGAGCGGGAAGGGGACCGCCAGAUAGAAAGAGAACGCCACCGAGAAAGUGACAACCGUGACAAUCACAUGCGCCGCGACCGCAGCCGACGGGAUCAAAGGAAGCGUUCGCCUGUGCAACGACAGCGAGCACGCAGCAAUGAACGGAGGGAGCGACCGCGGCGUUCCCCCGAAAGGCGUACAGAGCGGCGUAGCCGCAGUCCCCGCGAUCGACCGAACAGAGACGGACGCGACUUUGUGCGUCGUAAGGAGCAGCGCCGCGACAAUCGUGGCCGAGGAGACGACGAACACUUUGAGUGGGGUAGGAAGGGCGAUGAAAAGGAGCAGCCGGAUGAGGAGCCUGUCGAAAAGGAGAAGCCCAACUUCGGCCUAAGUGGAGCCCUCACCGAGGACACCAACAAAGUUAAUGGAGUUGUCGUCAAAUACUCAGAACCAGUCGAGGCUCGCAAGCCGAAGCGUCGCUGGCGUCUGUACCCGUUCAAGGGCGAAACAGCAUUGCCUACCCUGCACAUACAUCGCCAAAGCUGUUUUCUAGUGGGCCGCGACCGCAAGGUGGUAGACCUGGCGGUGGAUCAUCCCAGUUGCUCAAAGCAGCAUGCCGCUCUGCAGUACCGGCUGGUGCCCUUUGAGCGUGAGGACGGCAGCCAGGGAAAGCGUGUGCGUCUCUACCUCAUCGACCUGGAAUCGGCCAAUGGAACGUUCCUAAACAACAAGAAAAUCGAUGGUCGCAAGUACUACGAACUGAUGGAGAAGGACGUCAUCAAGUUUGGAUUCAGCUCCCGCGAGUACGUUCUGCUCCACGAAAACAGCAAAGAGGACCAGGAGGAUGAUGACGUGCAUAUCAAAGAAGAGCGUGUGGACGUACUAGCUGAGGAAGUUAAUCCCUAGAGCAGCCAGUACGCAAUUCCGCUUUGUUCCUGUCUCCCCUUGGCUAUUGUCUCGGUUCAUAACUUUUCGACACGUGCGGGCAUUUGACCCGUGUUACAUUUUCAAACUUCAUCAUGCACGAUUUUUAUUUCUCGCAACUUGGCUGAGAUCACUGUACAUUUAUUGAGAUAACACGAUCUUGCCCACUGCCAACGUACUCGUAAAUAAAAAUCCAAACGAAA